GCGGUGGGGGGGCUUGCGUCCCUCAACAGUUCCGAGAGCUAUGCCAACGGUAGUUUACUACCAACAGGGUCUCCCAUGUUGGACAGGUCGACGAACUGAGGGCUGACAAAGCGGUCCUCGACAAAGGGUAGGACGGGCUCUUCAGCCUUGGGUGGCAACCGUCCUAGAGGAAGGAAAACCUUGAUCAAAAACCCCCUGGCAGUAGGGUUAAAAUGCAGUGAAGGACAUCACUUAAAAAACCAAAACAUGCACUGUCAAAAGUCAACUCUUGGUACCACCUCAGGGGCGUCGGAACCCCAGAGGUCGGCAGGAGUGGGUGGUUCCGGUGUCAAAACCGGAACCAAUGUAGCGGGCCCACUCCGGUCGUCAUCCAGCGACCGCGAGGGUGCGGGGGUGGUCGUCCAGGCCCCCGCGACUCUAUCCAAUACUGGAACGAGGAAAAGACGACUAGAUAGUAUGGAACAGUCCUCCAACUCGGGUUGGUCGGGAUAUGAUAAAUCUUUCAAAAGGAGACCAUACUACAACACUUGUGGAAAACGAUCGCUAUACGACCAAGUUGAUCAACUGUUUUUAAAGAAGUUUACAAUGGAUAAGUCCAACAAGUGGGAACUUCCAAAAACAAACACUAUGCUAAGUCAAAGGAAAUGGGAGUUAUCAGAUUUUAUUACUUUAAAAAAAUCAUUAAAUAUCGUCAAAGACAAACUUGAUGAUUUCAACUUGAUGGAAUGGCAUAAAAAUACCAAACAAACUAAUCCAGCCGAUAAAGUUUUCUAUAAGGUUAGAGGAGCUGGGCGUCCUGAGUUAUUGACUGCAGCUUGGUUGAAGUUUUAUGAACUAUUAAAUGAUAAUGAUGUUAUACCUCAAAAGAGUAUUGAUGAUGGUAAACUCAGUAGUGUUCAUCUUUGUGAAGCUCCAGGAGCGUUUAUUGCUGCUCUAAACCAUUUUAUUUGUAACAGACAUAUUAAUGUUGAAUGGGAUUGGAUCGGUGUUUCUUUGAAUCCGUAUCAUGAGGGGAAUGGUAGUACUGAUAUGAUUAGCGAUGAUAGAUUUAUGUUUCAUACAAUGAGCCAUUGGUUUUUCGGUAAGGAUCAAACAGGAGAUAUUUUCCAAAAAGACUUCUAUAAGGAUCUUUGUACCUAUGUUAAAAAACGUUUUAGAAAAAAAGCAAGCAUGGUAACAGCUGACGGUAGUAUAGAUUGUCAAAAUAACCCGAAUGAACAAGAAGAUCUAGUCACGCGUUUGCAGUUAGUCGAGACAAUGGUCGCCCUAAUGAUACUCGAAAAAGGUGGUACAUUUAUUCUGAAAAUGUUUACCAUUUUUGAAUGUAAUACAUUAUGUCGAAUGUAUUUGUUGUGUUGUGCUUUUGACUCGGUACAGAUUAAAAAACCGUUAACAAGUAAACAAGGAAAUUCUGAGAUAUAUGUUGUUUGUCGAGGUUUUAAGGGAUUGCAAUGCGUAGAACCUUUGAUACAUACAUUUUUCUCCACUUCUAAUCGCACGCUGUCUGAUAACUGUUUGUUUCCAUUGAGCGAGUUGCCAAAAGAUUUCUUGUCAUCUGUAUAUAAAUGUUCCAAAUAUUUUAGUGAAUUGCAAAUGCAAGUUAUAGAGAAUAACAUAAAAUGGUUUUACCAGAAAACUGAAAAUGAUAUUAAAUCAUUAACAGAGUUACAGUAUUGUGUCGCUAACACAUAUGUCAAUAGAUUUCGAAUAAAACCAAUUAGCCCUUCUCAGGAAAUUGUUGGACUAAAUAAACUUAGGGCCAUUCAGUUCGAACUACCGAAAGUUUCGACAACGAAAACAGAUAUGAAUUGUUCAUUUACCGAAAAAAUGCGUCGAGUAGAAUACCGAGAAUUAGAUGAAGCUAAAUUACUUCAAGAUCAAGUGAACAAUUAUAAGCAAACUCCAUGGAAUUAUGAUAAAGAAGUAUCGUGGUAUACCGCAAAGGAUGCCAAAAUUGACUUGUUGAGUGUGAAUAUGCAAAUGGGUAAACCUGUUUCUAUAAUUCGUAACUCAAAGUUUUGUGUCAAUGAACUUAUUGAUUACAACAAUCGAGCAAGAUCAUUGUUUACGGUUCCAACAGAUGACGCUAUUAAGCGUAGAGAAUAUUUUCGGAUUAAAAUUCCAAAACAAGCGAUCCAUGGUCGAUUGAUUGUUUGUGAUGUAACAUCGAUUUAUGCCAAUGAUUGUUUAAACAAUUGUAGAAAACAGCUUGACUCUCUGACUUUAAUUUUAGAAUCAUUGAUGAAACUUAAAGCUUCUGACAGUUUUUUGUUAAUCGGAUAUCCAUUACUUUCUCAAGUUAAUGUUGGUGUUUUCUAUGUGCUUGUUAAUAUGUUCCUUAAGACCGGAGUGAUCAAACCUGUUGAAAUGGGUCAUGCUUUUGUGUUUUGUGCAAAACUUAAUGGUAAAAGAAUAGAUAAUUUAAUUUCCGUUUUAACAAAUGUAAAAGAACAUAUCAAGGAUCUUAAUAUUACAGAAAUUUUUGAAAAUCAAGGCCAAUCCUUACUUUCCUUUUUUCCGAUCGAUAAACUUAUGUAUGAAUCCAUUUAUAAAGAUAUUGUUACCGUUAAUUGUUUGAUUAUCAUCAAUGACGUGAAAAAAACUAUUUCUUCUUAUUUGCAACAAAAUUGA